AUGGCCGCGAAGUCGGACGGGCGGCGGAAGAUGAAGAAGGGCGGCGAGGUGGCGUUCACGCCGCUGCAGAACUCCGAGCACUCGGGCUCCGUGCAGGCGCUGGCCCCGGGGCUACCCGCCGGCGCCGGGCCGGGCGGCGGCAGCGACGACGAUGAGGCGCCCGGGGGCGGGUGCUGCAGCGGCGGCGGCGGCGGGGACGGCUCGGGCGGCGGCUCCCGGUGCUGCUGCUGCUGCUGCAGCGGCGGCAGAGGAGGAGACGGCGGAGGGGGCGGUGGCGGGGGCUCCCGGGGCUCGGGCGGGGGCUCGUCCUCCUUGUGCCUGCGGCUGGGCAGGGAGCAGCGGCGCUACUCGCUGUGGGACUGCCUCUGGAUCCUGGCCGCUCUGGCCGUGUACUUCGCGGACGUGGGCACCGACAUCUGGCUGGCGGUCGACUACUACCUGCGGGGCCAGCGCUGGUGGUUCGGGCUCACCCUCUUCUUCGUGCUGCUGGGCUCCCUCUCCGUGCAGGUCUUCAGCUUCCGCUGGUUCGCGCACGACUUCAGCACCGAGGACAGCGCCGCCGCCGCCGCCGGGCACUGCCCCGCCGCCGAGAGCAAGCUGCUGGUGAGCAGCGGCUCCGCGGCCGCGGACAUCGACGCCGCUCGCCCCAGCACGCCGCAGAGACAGGCGUCCACCGCCAGCAAGGGCAACGCCACCAACAGCAGCAGCAACAGCAGCAGCAACGCCGCCGGCAGCGGCGCCGCCGGUCCCCGCGCUGGCGGCGGCCGGUCCGCGUCUUGCGCCUUCUGCAUCUGGCUCCUGCAGUCGCUCGUCCACAUCCUGCAGCUGGGGCAGGUCUGGAGGUAUUUUCACACGAUGUACUUGGGUAUCCGGAGUCGACAGAGUGGAGAGAAUGACAGAUGGCGGUUUUAUUGGAAAAUGGUGUAUGAGUAUGCAGAUGUGAGUAUGCUGCAUUUGCUAGCCACCUUUCUGGAAAGUGCGCCACAGCUGGUCCUGCAACUCUGUAUUGUUGUACAGACUCGUACACUCCAAGCUCUCCAAGGUCUUACUGCUGCAGCAUCCCUUGUAUCCCUGGCCUGGGCUUUGGCUUCCUACCAAAAGGCCCUCCGUGACUCCCGCGAUGACAAGAAACCCAUCAGUUAUAUGGCCGUUAUAAUCCAGUUUUGCUGGCAUUUCUUCACCAUUGCAGCAAGGGUCAUUACUUUUGCUCUGUUUGCCUCGGUUUUCCAGCUGUACUUUGGGAUCUUCAUCGUGCUGCACUGGUGCAUCAUGACCUUCUGGAUCGUUCACUGCGAGACAGAGUUUUGCAUCACUAAAUGGGAAGAGAUAGUUUUCGACAUGGUUGUUGGGAUAAUCUAUAUCUUCAGCUGGUUCAAUGUCAAGGAAGGAAGGACACGCUGUAGGCUUUUCAUUUAUUAUUUUGUCAUCCUUUUAGAAAACACCGCCUUGAGUGUUCUCUGGUAUCUGUACAAGGCCCCUCCGAUCUCUGAUGCAUUUGCCAUACCAGCACUGUGUGUAGUGUUCAGCAGCUUUUUAACAGGCAUUGUUUUUAUGCUAAUGUACUAUGCCUUCUUUCACCCCAAUGGACCAAGGUUUGGGCAGUCACCAAGCUGUGCUUGUGAGGACCCUGCCGCUGCCUUCACCCUUCCCCCAGAAGUGGCCACAAGCACACUACGCUCCAUCUCCAACAACCGGAGUGUCACGAGCGAGCGGGAUCAAAAAUUUGCGGAGAGGGAUGGGUGUGUGCCUGUGUUUCAGGUGAGACCCACUGCACCAUCCACACCUUCAUCCCGGCCACCAAGGAUUGAGGAGUCUGUCAUUAAAAUCGAUCUGUUCAGGAACAGGUACCCAGCAUGGGAGAGACACGUGUUGGACAGGAGCCUGAGGAAGGCAAUCUUAGCGUUUGAAUGUUCCCCUGCUCCUCCACGGCUACAGUAUAAGGAUGAUGCCCUUAUUCAGGAGCGCUUGGAAUAUGAAACCACAUUGUAA